AUGGCCGGCGAUGGUCGAGACUGCGGCGAAGCCAUUUGGGUCCACCCUGACGGAGGUUCGGGCAGAAGGAGGAUCGUGCGUGAGGGCCCGGCCCAUGUGGUUCUCAUCGACCCGCCGUGCCUGGUGGCCGGGAGGGCCUGCGCUGUUGACGUACGCAUGUCGAGGGACGUCGACGCAAAACUUGUGGGAGUGGAUAGAGACGGCCAGCCGAUGGCCGGCGUGCUAGUGUCGACGGAGGUGGGAAGAAAAUUCAG